GGAGAGCCAAGCUCUGGAGCCAGCGAGGAGUGGAGCUGAGCCUGGCCUCGCAUGCUGCCAGAGGACCACCUCCCGAGACAAGAGUUCUUCCCCCUCUUCUGCUCGCUCCCAGCGCCCCUGCCGCCCUCCCUUCCUGCCCAGUACAAUGCAUUCUUGACUGGCAGCGCCUGGACUCCUAGCAGCCCCGAGAGCCGGAGCAAGCCACAGGGAGGACGGGAGCCAGCCACUCUGGUGGGAGCUCGGAUGCCUGGCACUCUUUGAGGACAUCUCUGGAGCAACGGUGGCUUUGGGGUGGGGGGUGGUGCUGCAGGCAACCCAGCCAGGCCCCAAGAUGGACACUUCUGGGCACUUCCAUGACUCGGGGGUGGGGGACCUGGAUGAAGACCCCAAGUGCCCCUGUCCAUCCUCCGGGGAUGAGCCUCUGCAGCAGCAGCAGCAGCAGCAGCAGCAGCAGCCACCGCAUCCCUUGUCUCAGCUCGCCCAACUCCAGAGCCAGCCCGUGCACCCCGGCCUGCUCCACUCCUCUCCCACGGCUUUCAGGGCCCCCCCCUUGUCCAACUCCACCGCCAUCCUCCACCCUUCCUCCAGGCAAGGCAGCCAGCUCAAUCUCAAUGACCACUUGCUUGGCCACUCUCCAAGUUCCACAGCCACAAGUGGGCCCGGUGGAGGCAGCCGGCACCGGCAGGCCAGCCCCCUGGUGCACCGGCGGGACAGCAACCCCUUCACGGAGAUCGCCAUGAGCUCCUGCAAGUACAGUGGUGGGGUCAUGAAGCCCCUCAGCCGCCUCAGCGCCUCCCGGAGGAACCUCAUCGAGGCUGAGCCCGAGGGCCAACCCCUCCAGCUCUUCAGCCCCGGCAACCCCCCCGAGAUCAUCGUCUCCUCCCGGGAGGACAACCAUGCCCACCAGACUCUGCUCCACCACCCCAAUGCCACCCACAACCACCAGCACGCCGGCACCACCCCCAGCGGCACCACCUUCCCCAAAGCCAACAAGCGGAAAAACCAAAACAUUGGCUAUAAGCUGGGACACAGGAGGGCCCUGUUUGAAAAGAGAAAGCGGCUGAGUGACUAUGCCCUGAUUUUUGGGAUGUUUGGAAUUGUUGUUAUGGUGAUAGAGACCGAGCUCUCUUGGGGUUUGUACUCAAAGGAUUCCAUGUUUUCGUUGGCCCUGAAAUGCCUUAUCAGUCUGUCCACCAUCAUCCUCUUGGGUUUGAUCAUCGCCUAUCACACCCGUGAAGUCCAGCUCUUCGUGAUCGACAACGGUGCGGAUGACUGGCGGAUAGCCAUGACCUACGAGCGCAUCCUCUACAUCAGUCUGGAGAUGCUGGUGUGCGCCAUCCACCCCAUCCCCGGCGAGUACAAGUUCUUCUGGACGGCUCGCCUGGCCUUCUCCUACACACCCUCGCGGGCGGAGGCCGACGUGGACAUCAUCCUGUCCAUCCCCAUGUUCCUGCGCCUGUACCUGAUCGCGCGCGUCAUGCUGCUGCACAGCAAGCUCUUCACCGACGCCUCGUCCCGCAGCAUCGGGGCGCUCAACAAGAUCAACUUCAACACGCGCUUCGUCAUGAAGACGCUCAUGACCAUCUGCCCGGGCACCGUGCUGCUCGUCUUCAGCAUCUCGCUGUGGAUCAUUGCAGCCUGGACCGUGCGCGUCUGUGAAAGGUACCAUGACCAGCAGGACGUAACUAGUAACUUUCUGGGUGCCAUGUGGCUCAUCUCCAUCACAUUCCUUUCCAUUGGUUAUGGGGACAUGGUGCCCCACACAUACUGUGGCAAAGGUGUGUGUCUUCUCACCGGCAUCAUGGGUGCGGGCUGCACCGCCCUGGUGGUGGCCGUGGUGGCCCGGAAGCUGGAGCUCACCAAAGCGGAGAAGCACGUGCACAACUUCAUGAUGGACACUCAGCUCACCAAGCGGAUCAAGAACGCUGCAGCCAACGUCCUCCGGGAGACGUGGCUCAUCUACAAACACACGAAGCUGCUGAAGAAGAUCGACCAUGCCAAAGUCAGGAAGCACCAGAGGAAGUUCCUCCAAGCGAUCCACCAACUGAGGAGUGUCAAGAUGGAGCAGAGGAAGCUGAGCGACCAAGCCAACACCCUGGUGGACCUCUCCAAGCCACCGGCAAAGGCCAUCGGCCGCCUGUGGAUCCUCAUGCUGAACUCUCACUGA